CAGGCUCACGUGCUUCAUUGCGGUGAUGCGGUCCUGCCUCUUCGUCAUUCGAUUUUCCAUCAUCGUACCUUGUCCGCUGGUCGCAUCCUGAUACAGCAGUCGAUGAAAGGCUCGCAGAUGUGUGAUCACUUUCGCGUCUGAAUGCUUCGCUUGAAACCUUUCGGCCAGCCGGCUAGAAAUCCAUUGUCGCACUUCAUUGGCCUCACCAAGUCAACAUUUGUACAAUCACCGGCGGUUGGCACUCAAUUGAGUCGAGCUAUCACAUCCUCAUCACCUACACCAAUCAACUCGGCAUUCCUGUCGCCAAUAACCUCUCGAGUCCUGCGCCAUCCGAUUGUACUCAAGUCGCAAAUUCGAGUACCCGCCAGCGCUUAUUUCAGCCCAUUCCUGAGUCGCCGGCCCUUCUCCUGCACGCCUGCAUAUAAGAAUAUGGAACAGCCGGCUUCCAAGCGCAAACAACCAUCAUCCUCUCAGAACUCCGAUCGGCCUCAUAAACAAGCUCGCCGUCCUAUUACGCCGGGCAUGGAUCACGAUCUUGCGCCACGGUUGAACAACGGCGUUCACCCUUCACAAAAAGACACGCCUGAUGGGUAUUCAUCCCCAGACACUGGUUUGGAGGACGGAUCAGAAGGCUCAGUGAAUGGCGAGAAUGAAGCGGACCACUUGGCGAGUCUGGAUCUGCCAGCAGCGGAUUCGGCGGAGUGGCAGGCCAUGAUUGAAAAGGUGGUACGGAACGUCGUCAGCAUUCACUUCUGUCAGACACAUUCAUUCGACACCGACGGUGCCAUUUCUAGCGAGGCCACAGGCUUCGUCGUCGACGCAGAGCGAGGAUACAUCCUUACCAACCGUCAUGUGGUCGGUGCUGGUCCGUUCUGGGGUUAUUGUAUCUUUGACAACCAUGAAGAGUGCGAUGUCCACGCAGUCUACCGCGAUCCCGUCCACGAUUUUGGUAUUCUCCGUUUCGACCCGAAGGCGAUCAAGUAUAUGCCUCUGGCGUCUUUGGAGCUGCGGCCAGACUUGGCCAAAGUCGGUGUCGAAAUUCGGGUGGUGGGUAACGACGCAGGAGAAAAGCUGAGUAUCUUGUCGGGAGUUAUUUCGCGACUGGAUCGCAAUGCACCAGAAUACGGAGAGGGAUACAGCGAUUUCAAUACAAAUUACAUCCAAGCCGCGGCAGCCGCGUCAGGCGGAUCGUCCGGUUCACCAGUGGUCAACAUCGAUGGUUACGCUGUGGCGUUGCAAGCGGGCGGGCGUGCUGACGGGGCGGCGACGGAUUAUUUUCUGCCGCUGGACCGACCUCUCAGAGCGUUGAAAUGCAUACAGGAAGGAAGGACGAUCGAUCGCGGCACAAUACAAACCCAAUGGAUUCUCAAAGCUUUCGAUGAAUGUCGCCGUCUUGGUCUCACGUCAGAAUGGGAGGGCGAGAUCCGAAAACAAUUUCCAAAAGAGACGGGCAUGCUUGUAGCAGAGGUUGUUCUGCCAAUGGGGCCAGCGCACAAGCAUUUGGAAGAAGGCGAUGUGCUGGUAAAGGUGAAUGGCGAACUUCUCACACAAUUUAUUCCUCUAGACGACAUCCUGGACAGCAAUGCCGGCAAGAAGGUCAAGUUGAUGGUUCUUCGAGGCGGUCAACCAUUAGAAGUGGAGCUGGAUGUGGGUAACCUGCACGACAUCACACCGGAUCGCUUUGUCUCUGUGGCCGGCGCGUCAUUUCACAGCCUGUCCUACCAACAGGCACGUCUUUAUGCCGUCGCAUUGAAGGAUGCAGGCGUCUACUGUUGUGAGGCCAGCGGAUCUUUCCGCCUGGAAGGUGCUGAAAAUGGCUGGCUAAUUCAAUCCAUCGAUCAAAAGCCUACGCCUGAUCUUGAUACUUUCAUCGAGGUGAUGAAAAACAUUCCUGACCGCGCUCGAGUGGUUGUGACCUACAAGCACUUGCGCGAUAUGCACACCACGGCUACAACAAUUCUUUUCAUUGAUCGUCAUUGGCACAAGAAUAUGCGCAUGGCAGUUCGAAACGAUGAGACCGGACUGUGGGACUUCACAGACCUCAGCGAGCCCCUGCCUCCACAGCCACUAUUGCCCAAGCGGGCAAACUUUGCACAGAUGGCAGGCUCGAAACAUCCUGCAGCUGUCGACAUCAUUCGAUCCUUCGUUCGUGUCACAACGACGGUCCCAGUCAAGCUGGACGGAUUCCCACGCGCACGCAAGGUCGGCUUCGGCCUGGUGAUCGAUGCCGAACAAGGACUAGUGAUUGUUUCACGAGCGAUCGUGCCCUAUGAUAUGUGCGACAUCACAAUAACCAUUGCCGAUUCGAUCAUCAUUCCGGGCAAGAUUGUCUUUCUCCAUCCCUUGCAGAAUUAUGCCAUUGUUCAAUAUGACCCAGAAUUGGUUAACGCGCCCGUCAAGGCUGCACAGCUCUCUGAGACUCCCAUCAAACAGGGCGAAGAGACUAUCUUCUUCGGCUUCAAUCAUAAUCUUCGUGCCGUUUCUGCAAAGACAGCUGUUACCGACAUUACCACUGUGACGAUCCCUGCGAGCGCGCCUGCUCCACGCUAUCGUGCCGUAAACCUCGAUGCAAUCACUGUUGACACUCCUCUCAGCAGCGAGUGCGGCUCAGGAGUACUCGUCAGCCCUAACGGCGUCGUUCAAGCUUUAUGGCUUACAUACCUCGGCGAUCGCAGCAGCUCCGGUCGGGAUACCGAGUACCAUCUAGGCUGUGCUACACCGCCAUUGCUGCCAGUCAUUAACGCUGUUCGCGCCGGAGAGAAGCCGGAUCUUCGAAUUCUUGGUCUGGAAACACAAACGAUGCAAAUGGCCCAGUGCCGAAUUAUGGGAGUCAGUGAGGACUGGAUUGAACGAGUCGAGGCCGAAAACCCUGCUCGUCAUCAGCUUUUCAUGGUCAGGAAGGUUGACGCAUCGCCGACUGUAAAUGCAUCUGCUGCUGCGGGUACCGGUCUAGUUGACCAGGCUAUUGCUAUCAGCCGCGAGGGAGCAGAUGCCAGGAUCACGACCGUUGAGAGACCCAAAGCAUCAACAGCGGGUACCUCGUCCGACGCUACAGCUGCAUCCAAACAAAACCAGGAUGCCAUUCCUGAAGGAAAGCUAAUCGAAGGAGAUGUGCUCCUCACCCUCAACGAUAAAUUAAUCACCAAUCUUGCCGAUUUCGACAUCAUGUACACCCAGCCUCAUCUGACCGCCGUCCUCGUCCGCCAACAACAAGAACUCACCCUACGCAUCCCAACUCGCCCCACAAUCCACAAUGAAACCUCCUCCCUGCUCGUCUUCUGCGGCGCCCUCCUCCACGCCCCGCACCACGCCGUCCGCCAACAGAUCAGCAAAGCGCACUCUGAGAUCUACGUGUCCGGCCGCGGCCGCGGUUCCCCCGCCUACGCCUAUGGCCUCGCCCCGACGAACUUCAUCCUCGCGGUAAACGGCGUCCCGACGCAAACUCUGCCAGAAUUCCUCCGCGAGGUCGUCAAGAUCCCGGACAACACUUACUUCCGUCUGAAGGUCAUGACGUUUGACAAUGUGCCCUGGGUCGCGACGCUCAAGAAGAAUGAACAUUACUUCCCCACGGUGGCGUUUGAGCGUGAUGCUGAGUCUCCAGAGGGAUGGAAGAGAAGGGUGGUGAAGUUUGGAGAGGAUGAGAGUGCGGAUGGUGCUACGGAGGAUGGUGGUGAGGUUCUGAGUGCUGGGGUGGAUCAGAGUGGUGACGUUGGUGGAGGCGCCGAGGCUGAUAGAUCCUUCGCUAAGGAGGGAAGAUGGUGAU